UGAGGGUAAGAGCGACAUGGAUGAUUUUGAAGCGCGUAAAAGUGGAGUGAGUGGGAAGACAGCUGGACUGAACGAGACUACUGGAAGCUUCCACUACAAGACUGGUUGGAUUGCGUCAACAAAUGUCAAAGUUCGAAAAACACUCCGCCGGUUAUACCGGCCUUUACGUCGACAAGAUUCAAAUCAAACCGGGUCACGCAGAAGUGUGGAUGACUAUCACAAAAAUGUUGAGCCCGAUGAUGACGUCUUUGACAACAACACCCCAGAGAGCAAGCAGCAUGCGAUGAUGUCGAGUUGGGUGCUAUUCCGCAAAAAACUCAACAACGAGUUGAUCAGGAAACUACUGGACCCGCGCCGAGUUGGCCGCUGCGAACCAACAAGGGUAUACACCAUCGACCAAGGAACAUCCAAGUUCGCCAUCUUUAACGCCAAGCGGGAUCGAUCACUGCAACACGCACGUGCAUUGUAUCUUCACCCGGAUACAUACGUCAGUAUGGGGAUCCCGAGGGUGCGGUCGUCUUUGGUGCGCGAAAAAGUCAGACGCCUGUCCCAGAACUCAAUAGGCGAUCAGGUGGAUGGGACGAAGGAAAAUGCCGGGGUCACACUCAGAAGGCAGAUUUCAGUAGCAGACUCGGAUUAUUACUCGGCUCGGGAUGAAUUUGGGAUUUUGUUCCGAGGAGAGAUGACCAAAGGAUCGGCAGUGCAGACAUUCAGGCCAAGGUCUAAGUCCAUGGUAUCAAACAACUCUAAGCAAGAUGAGACAAAACGCAGUACGGAAUCUAUACAACUUGCUGUAGAUUUUACCUGAACAUUAUUCACCAUGAUGAUGGACUACUUCAAUACUAAACAUUGUUUUAGGAUAUUUGCCUGCCCGAAACUAUAUGUAAGGAGCAAUGUCGAGGAAACUAUGUCAUCAGCUUCCAAUCGAGUACAGGCUGGUGUUUAAUUUGCACUACUACUGUGAUCAGAAUUUUGAGGGGAAGAGGAAACAGGCGCUGCCGUAGCUAGAGUGUCCUGAAGCUGUGAUAACUAGAAGGGGGGGAUGGGUUGUAAGUCCUCAACCACCAGAAAAAAUGGGAAUUUCGGUGCCAAAUAUAGGCGUUUUCCGGGACCUCAAAACCAAAAUUGGAAAUGUAGCCACUUUCUUCUUGUGGAGAGGUGCCCUGAAAAAUGGUUGCUCUCCGACAAAUAAAAGGGUGCGUCAAGUCAACGCCCUCAUAUUACUCCUAUUAACACUCAUUUAAAGGCGAACCGAUACAUUUACCCACCGUGUAGAAGCUACAUGUAUAAGGGGCGGGGCGGGCCAUGCCCUUUGCCAACAUGUUGCUAUGGUCAGUGAACAGAUUUUAUUACGGUAAUUCCUAGUCUGGCUCUCAGCUUGGCAACUUUCAUUUAUGU